UGAACAAGAGACCCGCAGACACUAACAGCUCCUGGUCGCUCCUCAUCCUCCUCUUCAUCCCCUUCAUCCUCCUCAUCCUCAUCUCCUGGACGCUGGGAUGGCGAGCCUCCUCCUCCUCCUCCUCCUCCUCGUGCUGAUGCUCCUCAGCGGGACGCCGGCUCAGAGGGUCAGAGCUGGGCGUCAGAACAUGAGAGUUCGGAUCAAGGCGAGCGGCGACACCAUCGUGAUGCAGUUCGUGCGUUCGAGCCCGGACGUGAAGCUGGAAGGUUUCAUCCUGGGCUACGGCAGCGGCCUGUUCUCCAAACAGUGGAUCCAGCUGCCGGAGGACGGACGGGCCUUCGAGGCCGAGAUGGACGCAGAGCCAAAGUACCUGGUGGCCGUUCAGCCAAUCCCAGUCAACGAUGUGAAGAAGCACUGCACAGGUCAAGUGAACCUGGACAAAGCGCUGCACCUGGUGAUCGGCUCCGUCAGCCCCACGGCCGUGCUGCUGUCCUGGGGACACGACCUGAAGACGCCGUACGAAGGAGACGUCCUGAACGAGUGUCUGGAGGACGGGUUUUACACCAUCCGCUACAGAGAGAGGAACAGGAAGUGGAAUUAUCAGACCUGCCCCACCGGCGACACCGUCAUCGACAACCUGAAACCAAACACGGUGUACGAGUUCGGCGUCCGAUCCAACAAGGACGAGCGCAGCGGCGCGUGGAGCCAACCGGUCGUUCACAACAUGAACAAUAAAAAUGCUCAGAAGACGUUUCAGCUGCGUAACCCUCUGGUCAAACCGCUGAAGCCUCACAGAGCUCACGCUCUGUUCCCCCCCCGUCCUGCUCUACACAACCGCACACAGCCUCGACUGUCUCCCCUCAAACAUCCGGGAUUCCCCGGAGCGCCGCGCACGUCUUUUGACGAUGGAAACUCUGUUAGAAACGACACCAGGCGCCCGACGGGUCCUCGUCCUUCUGUCCGACUGCUGCCGUCCACAGUGGACACCACAGCCGCCCCCCUCACUAGAUCCCCCCCCCACAGGGACUCGCCUCAGAAUGCUCAGACGCCCUCUAGUGCACCGGAGAAGCCUCGUUACCCUGCCGAGAACUGCUCUCACGACUCCUUCCUGUUCACUUUGUGUUUCUGUGUGAUGGUUGCUUCAGGACGCUCUCUGUUGGUCCGACACAAAAACAACAGAAUCAUCUGCAAACAGUCGAACGUCUUCUCAACAGGCUUCAUCUGCUGUGGGGAUUCAAACAAACCUUUAUUUAUCCUUGUUGACAGGUCGAGGACGAUCUCGUACUGGGACACUCGUCUUUGUCUCGUUAAACCUUCUUUCUCCCUUGCAGCUUUCAGCCAAUCACAGGACGGAUCAUCGCUGCUGAGAACAGCUCUGACCAAUGAGAGGGCUAGAACUAACAGCUGGGGUAAUGACGACCUCGUGGCGCUUCCUCCGUCUCGCUCUUUGUCUGCUGUGAAUCUGCCGCCAUCUUGUUCCCCAGCUUCCAGUUACACCUGCAGCUCAGUCUUUGUUUGCUCGCUCUCCGAGUCGCAUCUCAUCCAACAUGGCCGCCACGUCCUGCAUGCGGCGCACAAUCUUACAGUCAUGGUUGCGUCAUCACAUCAGAACUCCGGCCCGUCGCUGCCUUUACCCCCGAACAAGCCGGUGGCCAGAUCCUCCAGGCCGGAGCCAAGAACACCCCCCCUCCCCUCCUCUAACGGCUUCAGACAGCCCCGUCCCUCCUCGUCCUCUAGAACCAGUAGCUCGUCCCCGACCUCCGGGACACUCGGGGUUCCCGGACAUCGCCACCGGGGCAUGUCCCCGCCCAAACCAGCCUUAUGGCACCGACACCGACUGGUGAACAACUCGCUGCUGGACGACACGUCUCAGCUCCCGGACGUGUUCGCUCGCUCUGGUCCUGGGGUCGAGGAGGAGCGGUUUCACGGGUCUCCGGCUCGUCCCCUCAACAAGAGGCCGAACCUGGUGGGGAAACCUGGAGAAACAGACAAAGUCAACGACUUCAAGCUGACGGACAAGUUACAGAUCCUCAAAGCCAAAGUCCCUCCAGCCUCCUCCAAACCAGAGCGGAGACCGACCACCACCACCACCACCACCGCCACAAGUAGGACCAGGACCAGGACCACGGUGGCACCGACACCUGCGACUCGACAGGAAACGUGGGAAGACUCCGACCUGUUCAAGUCUCAGCCGACCUCAGAAAUCGACGCCAUGGGAAAUAAAAGAUUUGUUGCUCCUCACGUCGUUUAUCAAACAGGAAAGAGACCGGACGAGCCGUGUUCCAUCACCUCCUCCCUCAGCUACUUCCCUGGACACGAACACGGGGAAGCAAACGCCACUGCGCCGCCCAAGACUCCGCCCUCAAACCUCACGGUGGUGACGGUGGAGGGGUGUCCGUCCUUCAUCAUCCUGGACUGGGAGAAAACCGACAACGACACCACGGAGUAUGAAGUCAUCUCCACCGCUAAAGGACCUGAUGGCGAGCAGGUUUCCAUCCUGACGACCAACCAGACUCACACGGCGGUGGAGAACCUCAAACCUGAGAGCAGUUAUGAGUUCAAGGUGAAAGCAAAGAACGAUCUGGGUUCGGGUCCGUCCAGCGAACCAGUUUCCUUCAACACAGAAUCAGCCGACCCUCGAGUGAGCGAGAACGUGUCAGGUAAAGACGCCAUCUGGACUCAGUUCCCCUUUAAGACGGACUCGUACUCCGACUGUCACGGGAAACAGUACGUGAAGAGGACCUGGUACCGGAAGUUUGUUGGUGUCCAGCUGUGCAACUCGCUGAGGUACAAGAUCUACCUGAGCGACUCGCUCAACGGUAAAUUCUACAACGUCGGAGAUCAGACCGGCUUCGGCGAGGAUCACUGUCAGUUCGUCGAUUCCUUCCUGGAUGGAAGAACGGGUCGACAGCUGCGAGCCGACCAGCUGCCGCCCAGACCCGGUUUCUACAGAGCCGUGCGACAGGAGCCUGUCCACUUCGGACAGAUGGGAGGACACUCCCACGUCAGCUACGUCUCUUGGUACGAGUGUGGAACGCCAAUCCCAGGAAAGUGGUAGACGGACCCGAGCUCAGAGCCGUCCUGGGAGACGCCUGAAAGACGAGCAGGUCCUGAGAACGAGCCGGAGCUGAGACGUCAGAACCCAGAGCUUCAGAAACAUGGACCUCAUGGUCAGGGAACUUAAACUGAAUCAGUAAACGUGUGUCGUCUUCAGUAUUUAUCAAAGUGACGUUCGUUUCCUGUGCAGUAAAACAAAUCUCACGUAGUAGAUUUUAUUUCGUGUUCAGAUCAUGGGAAGCUGGCUCCCUGUUUUCAUGUUAUUUAUCUGAAGCUCUUUGGUCACAUGACUCCACCACGGAGACGCUUCUUCUUCUUCUUUCAAAUGGAAAUAAGACGACGUCCUGCUUCACUUCCUCCUCUGACACAAACUGGAUCUAAACAAACGCAAAAUAAAAACAACGAGACGUAAACUCAACAUCCGACCAAUUCACUUUUCAGGAAUCAAGAAAUCCAAAAUGUUUCCAUGGAUCUGAGAAGAAAGUGUAGAAUAUAUAACAGAAGAACCUUUUCUUUCCUCAUCAGGUAUCUGCAGAAUAUGAAUCACUUUCUCUUUAUUUAUAAAACAUAAGGAAACGUGACGAAAUUUUGACAUUUUUACUUAAAAAUCUGCGUAAAAGUAAAUUAUUUGAUGACCGAUGUUGCCGUCCUCUUUGUUCGAUGUUUAAAUUCAGGCCAGAUUUUGUGGGUUUUAACGAUUCGUACAUUUCCGAUCAUUGUCACGAACGCUGCUUCGGACUCACACAGAGGAAACAAUAUGGAGGCUUCUACACUUUGCAAUUUGCACAACAAAAAUGUAUUUAUAUGUAUAUGGAGAGAAUGUAUUUUUAUAUACAUUCUUGCAGAUGCAUCACCAUGGCCUCUUUUUUGCGAUAACGUUGUAACUCUUCUUCUCUGACGCUAAAGCACAAAUCUGACAGGAGAAAAUGGCUGAUAAAUCUAAAUAUUCAUAUUUAAACAAACUCUUUGUGUAUUUUACCAAACAAACAGACGAUAAAGUUGAGUUGUUGUGGUGGUUAGCAUUGGUUAGCAGAGGUAUAACAACGGCUACUCAAUUCUAAAGCUACGUGGCUAGCUCACCAGCUGCUCAUUACAACUAGUUAACAAAGAGAUGGAAACUGUUUGUUAUGAGAAUUAUGUCGAGCUGAAAGUGUCAAAUAUGACAUUGGACAAAAAGUCUUUAUAUUUUCAACAUCAAAUCAAACUGGGAACUUUAGCUAAGCUAGCUUCAUUAGCAAGAAAAGCGCAAUGACUGACUUCCUGAAAAUCACAAAAUGUCAAGAUAAGUAUCUGAAAGUUUCAUAGAGAACAAUAAAGUCCGGUAGUGACUAAAGGAAGGUGAGCUAAUCAGUGGGUUUGUAUCUUGCUAAUUAGCCAAGAAGUUCAGCUUUCUAUAGAUGUACGAGUUCACAGGACUUUAAGGUGUAAAAUGUAACACUGGGUUUGUCUAAAUAUAAAAAUCUGACCUUUUUUCAAGUCACCAUGUAACUCAAAUGUCGUAGAACAGUCCUGGAUCGGGGCUAAGAGCUAGCAUGCUAAUGUGUUUUUGUCAUUGAGCCAUUCAUUUCCUGUUGUUUUUAAUGUUUGUCCUGGUGACGCUGAACUUUAACGACUCUUCCACCAAAUCAUCGUGUCAAAUAUUUUCUGUACAUUUGUUUUUAUAUUAUUUUCAACAAUAAAGACGUUUGAUUCUUUUUUUAAAGAA